CAGCGGGGCCAGGAACCGAGCGGCCGGCGGCCACUGAGUCGCUUUUUUCUAGGGACGGGGAUCCCGAAGGUUUUGGAAGAGGGCAGAGCAAUAAAUGAAACGUUUAAUGCAACGGGAAAGCGUUAAGUCAGCAGAGCAGUGAUUUUUGAAACUUCACCACCUGCCUUUAAAAACAAGUGAACUGGGUGCGGAAUUACAGAACUGCAGCGACAUACCAAUCAUUUGUGUGAAUGUUUGCUUUUUUUUUUUUAAAAAAGGCAAAUUGUGCUUAAGACGGAUGGAAGACCUUUACCUGGAGGCAAACUCAGUUCUGAUGUGAAGGGCAAAGCAAGAGGAUGCAUUGCUUCUGCUAAUUGCUCUGGCUAUUUUCUAGGUUCUGGAUGUAGGAAAUAUGAAUGACUGGCAGAGGAAAAGCCCUGUAGACUGGGAAACGUAUGUGAACAAAAUGGUUAAAGUUGCUGCAAUUGAGAAACAUGAAUAUGAGGGAUGGGUCUUAACAGUUGAUCCAGUUUCUGCCAGUAUUGUCCUUGCAACAUUCCUGGAGAAUGAAAAAGUGUCCAUAUCAGUUGUCUUGGGCCAUGCUGUCCAGAAGGUCGAAAUACUCAAGGAGGGGGACGAUGAAAUGAAGCAACGGCUUUCUUACAUAUUUGCGCCUGAAGAAAGCAAGGCCUACAGCCCAGAGGAACUUGAAAAGAGGAAAAAUAACUUAAAGACUUGGCUAGAAACAAACCACAUCCCUGUAACAGAGCAAGGUGAAUCGGGAAGAACGCUAUGCGUGGCGGGGGUGUUAACUAUUGACCCACCAUAUGGUCCAGAAGAGUGCAGCAGCUCCAAUGAGAUAAUUCUGUCUCGGGUUCAAGGCUUGAUACAGGGCUAUCUUGAAAAACAACAGUGAUGUCUGCUGUUUAAACUCAUUGUCUUCAGGAAUGGGUUUACCUGCCCUAUUUUAGGAACUGUCCUGGGUAUCAAUAUUCACUAUUUGCAAAAAUGUUGGGUUUAGGUACUUUUGUAUGGCUUUUGUACGUUAAGAAAGGGAUAAAACAAGCAGUGUAAACUAAAAGCACGAAGCAUUUUCCAUGCACUAUUUCUUAUUAAAAGCAAGCUAUUGGAUAAUGAUGAUAUAUUAAACUGAUACAUCAGUUUAUCGAUAUUAAGCUGAUAUAUCAGUUUAAUAAGUAUUUUUUGUAACAGUAUUGUGGAAGAUGAUAUAUGGUGUAUUUAAACUGUGUUUUCCUCUGCCUUUAAAAUUAAUUAUCUGGUGGUGUAGACAUGUUUAUUUGAACUGCUUACCAGAUUUUUUAUUUUUCAGAAAGAGAAUUGUGACACUUGGACUUCCCAAACCCAAUGAAAAAAAUGUUCAGAAAACUUUUUUGUUUUUUCCCCCACAACAGUUUUCCUGUUUUAGAACAUGAAUUAUAAUGUAGGUCCAAAUUUGUAAAAUUAUUAGGGAAAGUUAGCAGGCAAAUAGCAUGUUUUAAAACAUUUCCUAUCUAUAUUUGUUAUUUUAGAGCAGUGGUGAUUGGAUGACCUUUGCUCCUUAGAGAAUUUCUUGCAAUUCAAGAAGUUUGUAUUUCUUAAUGCUUUGUUUCUAGUUUAUGGCAACAUGCAAUGCAAGAAUAUGAUUAUUCCCGAGAUUAUUAAUCCAGUCAGGAGCCCUUAGAGCUCUCAUUUAUCUUACUCUAUUAAUUUGUUCUGUCUUAUUAUGAGAUAGCACCAAAACAUGUUAGUGUGCUCAAAUGCAUUUGAAAAGUCUGUCUAACCCUUGUUAAUAAAAGGCCCUUCUCAUUCCU